AUCCAACCUUGAAUGUAUCACUACUUGCAAAUGCUUCUUCAGCACUCGUUUGAAGAAUGUUAGACAAACAUGACACCACAGAUCCAUCUCGGGGUUCAACUAAUAUUUUCUUCAUUAUUUGUUAUAAAAUUUUCAGUGAUAAUUGGAAUGUUUAAUUCAGUGAAAUAUUAUGAUGAAAUCAAGAUGUAUAUAUUAUAUAUUUAACGAAUAUAGAAGUGCUUUAGCUGAUUAUUAAUCAAUUUUUUGAAGAUACUACAUAACAAUCAUGUCAUUUUGUAUGAGACUUGCUCGCAGUAAACCCAUCCGUUUAUUAGGAGGCAUAGCUAUGAAAUGUUGGGCUUUCUCUGGAACUUACAUACUUGCCUGUUUUCUUCUAUAUUGGUUGUAUGGUGGAUUUUCUGCUUUCUUUCUACUUUGCUUUGCAACUACAGGUAUAUUAUAUCACAGAGAAGAUCAACUUGUAUAUCGUCCAGAGUCACCUGCUAAUUCUCGGGUAUAUGUUCCUGCACCUUCAAUAUUUAAUUUACCUUAUCAAAGUAUUUAUACUAGAUCAGGAGAUGGUACAAUGUUACAUAUGUUCUUUAUUUCUCAACCAGAAGAUAGAGUGAAAAAGGUGCCUACUUUAUUAUUUCUUCAUGGCAAUGCUGGUAAUGUAGGACAUAGAUUAAAAAAUGCAGUUGGAUUAUAUCAUACUAUACAAUGUAAUAUUUUAAUGCUAGAAUAUAGAGGCUAUGGUUUAUCACAAGGUUCACCAUCAGAAGAAGGUUUAUAUAUGGAUGCUCGUGCAGGAAUUGAUUAUUUGUCAAGUAGAACUGAUAUAAAUACAAAUGAAAUAAUUGUAUUUGGUAGAUCAUUAGGUGGAGCUGUAGCUAUUAACUUAGCUACAGAACCAGAAAAUUCACAAAGAAUUUGGUGUCUUAUUCUUGAGAAUACUUUUACUAGUAUUCCUGAUAUGGCUGCAUUACUUUUUGGAUUAAAAUGUUUACAAUACUUACCCCUUUUUUUAUAUAAAAAUAAGUAUUUGUCCAUUCUCAAAGUGCGAUCAGUAACAGUACCUACGCUAUUUAUUUCUGGUCUGGCGGAUACGUUAGUGCCACCAUAUAUGAUGCAAGAUCUUUAUAAAAAUUGCAAAAGUCCAUGUAAAAAAAUACUUUCGAUUUCGGGAGGUACACACAACGAAACAUGGUGUCAACCGCGAUAUUAUAAAAAUAUAUGUAAUUUUUUAAACGAAUUGAGAGAAAAUCCUCCGAUUCCAGUGACAUCUAGUCAUUGGCAAAUAGAUGAUAUAUAAUUAUAAAUUGCAAAACUUACGUCCAAAGUGAUAACUAUAUUUUGAAGAUUUCAAUAUUAGGUUAGCAGAAUAAAAAAAUAGAUUAUAAUAUUUAAAUACAUUAUAAAUUUUUAUUACAAUUAAUCAAUUUAAUUAUAAAUAUAAUUUAGCUUAUAAUUGAUAAAGAUCAAUCUUUUACAUUAAAAUAUUUUAUUAAAAUAUAUACUAAAAUAGUGAUAUUACAAAUGUAUAGUGUUUGAAAUCAUCAAAAUAUUACAAUUUAAAUUUAAUCAAGUAUCUGUCCUGCAAUUAAAAUUUGC